UAGGUCGUUAGCCAUCAGCAACCUCUUAUAUAUACAACUGUCUCUCCCAUCGGAAAUCCUAUUAGGCAAACCCUUCUAUCGGACCUAUCAACACAUCCCCAACUCUCGUCCACCUUAAGCCAUGUCCCACGACGGCGAGCCCGACCCGCAACCCCGGGAGCACUAUCCCCUUAAUCGCGACUUGCUCUCCUCCGCCCGCCUGCACCUCCAGCACACCGUCUUCGUCAACGGUCUGGGUUACCUGCUGCACCCGGCCGUCCCUAUCGGCCCCGCCUCGCACGUGGCUGAAAUCGCCACCGGCACCGGCAUCUUCACCCUCGCACUCGCCGCGGCCCAUCCCGAAGCCCGCGUCGAAGCCUCCGACAUCUCCCUCGCCCAGGUACCCAACCGGCACUGGUGGCCCGCCAAUGCGACCUUUGAGGUCCUCGACAUCUUCCAGGACUUGCCGGACUCCCUGCUCGCGCGCUACGACGUCCUCUGCCUCCGUCACUUCGUCUCCCUGCAGCCCGGUGAUCCGCGUCCGCUGAUCGCCCGCUUGCUGUCCAUGCUGCGGCCCGGGGGCUAUCUGCACUGGCAGGAAUGGGACCUGACCACCGCCGCCGUCUCCGCCCCGGACGGCACCUCAACCCCCAAGAUGCAGGCGCUGAUCGAUUACAUCAAAGAUCCCGCCCGACACGUCGCCCGGGCCACCUGGGUUGGCGACUUGCAUCAGAGGGUCGAGGCCGGCGAGGUGCCUGGCGUGGAGCUGGUCGCUUACGACCGCGUCCGCGCUGCUAAGCCCGAGGUCGUCGCUAUGCAGCAGGAACUCAUGGCGCUGGGCACCAAGGAGGUAGUCGCCAGUCUGCGGGCCCGCGAGGGCGAGGCAAGCGUCGAGGCCGCUAAGUUCGAGAAGAUCGCGCACGACGCCGUCGACGAGUGUCUGAGCUUGGGGAGGGGCCCUGUGAUCGAUCAGGAGAUGGUGACGUGGGUGCUGAGGAAGAAGUGAAGUGCAUGCAAGAGAUAGAAUGUACAGCCCACAAGCAUCUACUUUGUUAGGUAGUUUUGCAGUUCACUUGGUACGAGCAACGUAACCGGUAACAAUCAGUAAAAGUACCUUUUCUAUUUAUUUUCAUAUAUAACCUACUUUAGAGUCAAAAAGAAGAUACUACCUUUUGAAAGGUUAUAAAACCCAAAUACUAUACUAUCCGAAUAUGUAGCAACUAGAAAUGGACUUUGUUGCUGUUGAAAAGGUGUAAUUAGGCGUUUUUUGCUAUAUUUACG